CCAGUUAAAGCAAAAUUUUAUUCAGCGCAUCUGCGAUUGAUUUUUUUCCCUCUCACGCUUCUCUGCCAUCUCUCGCCUCUCGCUCUAAUGGCUUCAAGCCCCUGCCUUUUCCAAUUCCUCCUCUCCUUCUCGGUAAUUGCUCACGCCGCCGCCUGUGCCGCUCCCGGCUGCCAGCUCCUGAGCCCUUGCUCCGGAGCUGAAGAGUGCGCCCCAGGCCUCUACUGCGGCACCUGUCCGGCCUCAGGAAAGACCCGUCCCUCCUGCACCCGCGGCCAGGCCACCCGUCAAACUGACAUUGAGAAAGGCUUACCUUUCAACAAGUACACGUGGCUGGUGACCCACAAUUCCUUCUCCAUUGUGAACUCGCCCUCCUUUACCGGCGUGCAGAGAGUCACCUUUUACAAUCAGGAAGAUACCGUCACGAACCAGCUUCUGAAUGGAGUGCGAGGGCUGAUGCUGGAUAUGUAUGACUUUGAAGGUGAUAUCUGGCUUUGCCAUUCAUUUCAGGGGCAAUGUUACAACUUCACUGCUUUUGAACCUGCAAUCAACACUCUAAAGGAGGUGGAGGCAUUCCUGACUAAUAACCCAACGGAGAUUGUGACCAUUUUUAUAGAAGACUAUGUCCGGACUCCAAAAGGGUUGAGUAGCUUGUUCACUAAUGCAGAUUUGAUGAAGUAUUUGUAUCCAUUGGCGGAGAUGCCCACAAAUGGCAAGGACUGGCCAACUAUUACAGAGAUGGCGGAGAAGAACUAUAGACUACUGGUGUUUACCUCUGUUGCCUCUAAGGAAGCUGACGAGGGAAUUGCUUACCAGUGGAGAUACGUGCUGGAAAAUGAACCUGGAGAUCCAGGCAUUCUGCCAGGCUCCUGUCCGAAUAGGAGGGAAUCCCAACUAUUGACUUCUAGAUAUGCUUCUCUAUUCUUGCAAAAUUAUUUCCCAACGAUACCCGUCCAGAAUGAUGCUUGCAAGGAGCAUUCUUCUGGACUUGCUGAAAUGGUUGACGCCUGUUACAAGGCUGCUGAGAAGCUAAUGCCCAACUUUCUUUCAGUGAACUUUUACUUGAGGAGUGAUGGCAGAGGCGUAUUUGAUAUUCUAGACAGAAUGAAUGGACUAACUUUGUGCGGGUGUCCGACUGUCUUUGCCUGCAAGGAAAACAAUGGGGGAAAAGAGGGAAGGGUUGGCCACUUGACAAAGCCUGGCGCCCCAUUUGGGGUAUGCAAAAACAUCAGUUCAAGUUCUAGUCCAACUCGGGCAGGUGACCAUGGAGGAGGAACCUAUGCUGGGUAUGUAGAAUUUUCAGGGUUUCUUCUGAGAAGGAAAUCUUUUUCAUUUAUGGAAAUGAAUCUGUUUUACUGUUCAAUGAUAUCAAUUUUGAUAUCAUGCUGGGUGGGAUCUUUGCUCACUCCUAUAUUCUUUAUAUUUCAUCUGUCACAUGUGGCCGUGAUCAUCUAUAUGCAUUACCAGCGUUUAUUCCCUAGCAUAUAGAAAUGAAACAGCAAGAAAACAAUUUCUUUCUCCUGGUGUAGCACAUGAUAGGGCAUGGAUCUCAAAGUGCAUUAUUCGGCAAGCCAUAAUUUCACAUCGUGUGAUUUGUUUAGGGUUUUUGUAAUGUUAUUGAAGAAUGAAAUGUUAUGAUUUGAACAAAAUUGUGCCAAACCCUAAAAGCUUUUGUUAUCCCAUUUUAUAGCAAUCAUUGACUGCAAUAUUUAUCA